AUGGCCUCAAACAAGCUCGCGAGCUUGGUUCCAUCGCUAUCGCCUUUCUUAAUCCAAUCGGGCUUCCACUCCAUCAAAAUCGCGAGUUCCUCUUCAUUCUCUCGCCAAGGUGAUCUGAAAUUUUACAUUCUUGUUUAUGUUGAUGAUAUCUUGUUAACAUGUUCAGAUCCUAGCAAGUUGGACUGCUUCAUUGGUUCUAUCAAAAAGGUCUUUCCUGUUAAAGACUUAGGAGCUCUACAUUAUUUCUUGGGCAUUGAAGUAAAGCCCCACACUGAAGGCUUCUUGCUCACUCAACAGAAAUAUGUAGAAGAUUUUCUAACUGAAACAAAAAUGCAGACAUCAAAACCAUGCUCCACACCGAUGGUUAUCUCACCGAACCUAAGCAAAUUCAUGGGCAGUCCUCUUGCAAAUCCAGAGCAGUACAGAAAGGUCGUUGGGGCACUCUAA